AUGGGCGUAUUGCACCCCGUGAAUGGAGAGCCCGAAGGGCAGGGAAAACCUGAAGAAAAUGUGUUCAGAAGUAGAUGUGAGUAUGAACAAGUAAGAAUGAAUUUUACCGAAUUCAAGUUUUACGAGAAUGAAAAGAAAGAACUUAGGACAAUUGAAAUAUCCCCAUGCAGAAAGUAUAUGUGCAUAUGUGAUGGGUUUGGAAUAAUAUACAUAUAUAAGAUUUUAAAAAAAGAAUUUAUUUACUUGUUUCAGUUACAUGUAUCUCGUGGUUCCAUUAAAUCAAUUAUGUGGAUAAGCAAGAAGAACAAGAAAAAGAAGCAUUUAUUUUUGCAUAACGAAUACAAAGAUUACCUACUUAUAAUUUCGACCCUGUGUGGUCAUAUAAUGAUAUACGAUUUGGAAUCUCAAAAUAUUGUACAUAGCAUUUCAACCAAUGGUAGUAUUUCCUGUUCUAAGCUAAAUAAUAGUCUUCAAUAUUUUGGUAUCACGAAUUUGAAUGGCUAUUUUUACCUGUACAAUAUAUAUAGAAACGUAGAGAACCAGAUGUACAACUGUUUCGACAGGUUCUACAGGGAAGAGAAGCACAGUACAUCUGCUACUAUUGGCAGCGACAACGAUACUAAUUCUAAUCAUAAGGACGAUGAAUCUUGUGAAAAUAUUACCCAAUCGUAUGUGUAUACCUCAAGUGAUGAAGAUUCACAGGAGGUGCAAAAUACAGAUGUGAAAGAACCAAGUCCAAAAAAAAUAAAAUUAUCGAAUGACCUUUCGACAUACCUAGAGGAGGAUAUAUCAUCACAAAAAAUAAAAGACAUAGAAAGUGAUGAGAAGAUUAGCGAGAAAAAUUAUUGCUCAGAUAUGAGAUAUAUAUUUCAAAUAUCGAAAAAGGAGGAGGAGAAGGAGAAAGAGGGAGGAGGCAAAGACGAAAUGGAUGAUGGACAUGUAGGAAACAUGUUUAACAUAUUUGUAAUGAACAAAUUUAAGUGCAAAGAAAAGUUGGUAUGUCUAUACUUCAUGGAUACUCUAAAAGAUCGAGAUGUGUUGUUACAUAAUGUAGAAAAGGACGAAUCGAACAGAAUGAAAGAGAGAAAAAGAAAAAAAAUGAUAUCAAGUGGAGAUGUGACUACCGAUAUGGAGGAGAGCCUAUCCGAUUCGAUUAAUAAACUGGAUAAUGUUGUGACAAAUUCUAAUGUAAGAAAAAAAAGAAAUAGAAAAAACUAUAUGAGAAAUAAAAUCCAAGAGAUAGAAAAAUCGUAUAAUAGUUACAUACAUUAUGUUCUGUUGGGAAGUGAAAAUUCUACAAUAUACAAGUAUAACAUUACAAAUAAAUGUUGUGAAGGAGAAUUUAAAAGUAUUAAUAAAAAUUCUAUCAUUUGGGAUGUAAUAUACGUGUACAAAACGGAUGAAGUUGCAUGUGUAGAUAAUAGUGGGUCAUUAAUCAUUUUUGAUAACAAAACAUUUAGUGUUAAAUACUUUUUUAAUAAUCAUCUUUACAAAUCCGUUUCUAUAACGAAGACAUACAAUGAAAAUUACAUCUUUACUGCUGGAGUAGAUAGGCAUGUUAAUAAAUAUGCAUGUACAUCUUUGCAGUCUCAAGAUACCUCCAACGUAAAUGGGAAUCAAAAUUAUGCUGCUCUGGCAAAGUGUUCCACGAAUUCAGAGGAUCUUAAUGUUGGUGAUUAUAUGAUGGCUCUUCGUGAAGGCAAGCACGACACAAAAAUGGACACAAAAAUGGACACAAAAAUGGACACAAAAAUGGACACAAAAAUGGACACAAAAAUGGACACAAAAAUGGACACAAAAAUGGACACAAAAAUGGAGGGGAGGAAAAAUGUUGGCAUAGGGAUAGAGCAACAUUUCUUCCUGAACAAAGUAGUAAAAGAAAGAAAAGGAUCCAAUAAAAAAUGGUACCUCAUGAAUAAACAAUCAGCACACCUUUCUGAUAUAAUACGUAUCGUUUGUUUAAAUGGUAUCAGUGUGCUGAGUAUAAGUGAUGAUAUGACAUUCUGUCAUUACGACUUUUUAAAUAAUGUCAAGAAAUAUAUUCCAAUUGGAAAUGUAGAGAUGAAUAGAAAUGUGUACUUUGCGAAAAAUAUGAAAACCAUUUUUUCUACGCACACAAGAGGAAUAAGUAUUCACUAUAAUAGUUGUCUCAUUUCCUCCAGCAGAAGCAACAAGGAAAAACAAAAUGCCCUGGAUAUAGGAUUAAUUUCACAUCAUGACUUGGAACACAUUGGUGUGGGCAAUUACAAACACAUUGCUAAUAUUUCUUUUGGAGAAAAUGAAUUUGUUAACUCUUGUGUAAUAAACGAUAUGUCAACUAAAAUUGCAUGCAAAACGAAUAAAAAUUUUUCCAUAUAUCACUUCAACAUAGAGGACCUCUCUAUCUACAACUAUGAUCUCGCGAAUUUGAAUUUUCUUAAAGUGUAUGACUUUGCUUUUGUGAAUGAUAAUCUUGUCGUCAUGUCGUUAAUCAGGCAGAGCCCACGACGUGUGCAUGGGGAAGAAGUGGAUGAAACGGGUGAAGUGGGUGAAGUGGACGAAUCGGAUGAAGUGAAUGAAACGGGUGAAGUGAAUGAAACGGAUGAAGUGAAUGAAACGGAUGAAGUGAACGAAUCGGAUGAAGUGGACGAAUCGGAUGAAGUGGACGAAUCGGAUGAAGUGAACGAAUCGGAUGAAGUGGACCAAUCGAGAAGGAGAGGAAGGCAUGGUUUUCUCAAGGAUGAGGCAUACGAAAGGCGUAAACAUGUGCAUGGAAGUGAGAUUAAGGAGAAUAUGAAUUUACGUGAACAUAUGCAUACAUACCACGUAGUCAUUUACAACAUUAAGAAGAAAAAAGUAAAAGAAGAAAUACAAGUGGAUAGAAUUAUAUGCAAUUUUAAAAAGUAUAAUAAUGGGAAGUUAAUAAUAUGCACAGAUAACGAAAAAAAUGUAUAUUUGUUUUUUAAAUGUUUAAAAGGGCAUUUGCAGACAUGUUUAAGAAUCUCCGAUUUUAACAUAAGCAAAAGAAAUAUACGUCGUAGUUAUUUAUACUCCUUUGUUGCUGAAAAUUUCUUAUUAUUUUUCACUUUGGACAAUUAUAUUUAUACAUACUUCAUAUGUUACAAUACAAAUAGAAUAUUUUUCAUCAAAUCUCAAUGUGUUAAAAAUUAUCACUUCAAGGAAUAUAAGGAAAUUAUUUUGUUGAAUUUAACUUCGCAAAAAAAAGAAACAGACAUUUGUAACGGUCAUCCAGAGAAUGAAGAAAUUGAGAAUGUACAUGGAAUUGAUGAAUACAAGAGUGUACAACAAAUUUUUACAAAAAAUAAUAUGAACAACCACUUAAAUUGUAAAUAUUGUUUCCUUCUGAAGGGAUGUAAUAUGGUAGAAUUAGUUGGACUUAACAUAUUUGACGAUCUAAUCAUUGAUGUCCAAUUGUCUAAUUUGGAAAAUUUGUUGUCUCACAAUGCCAAUAUGAUGAAACAGUACUACUUAUCAUCUCUCAAUUUUAAGUAUAAUUUUUUAAAUAUGAAACAGUUCUAUUUUCAAGAUGCAAAUGUAUACCGAUUAAUAAUCAAUCAAAUGAAGAAGGCACAAUUGGAAAAUCAUUGCAGCACAAACUGUCAGACAGGGGAACACAUAUACAGAGGUGAUCAAGCAGAUACACAGACUGGUAAUAUGUCUAAAACUGUCGAUUCUGAUGGGAUUAACUAUGGGACAAAUCCAUGGACAAAUGACCAAAGAGGAGGAGAUCAUCCCCUACAAAAGUUUCCAAGUCAUAAUGUUUAUCUCAGCCCCAACUCAUUAGUUCUCUCUUUGCAAUCACUAAUGAAGUUAAAAAGGAAAAAUAUUUUGAGUGUCAACAUGUUGCAUAUCACCACGAGCGAGAUCAUUUUACUUUUGUGUUUGCCCAAGAAUAUUGAUACUACGCUUAUUAGUGUAGCCGACACGAAGAAAUAUGUGGAGUAA